CUUUUUAAACAAGUUUUUAGAAAUGUUGAAUAUUUAUAUAUAUAUUUAUAGUUUAAUGAAAAAAUAUAAAAAUAUUAUGAUUAAAUUAUUUCAAAUAUUAUAUAUAUUAUUAGUUUUAUUAAAUAUAUUUAAUAAAAUUUCUUAAUAAUGGUUCAACUUAAAAAUCACAUAUGAAACGAGAUUAUGACUUCUAUUUUAAUAGAAUAGAUUUCCGCUUCCUUUUUCCAUUAAAAACAUACCCUUAAUUGUCAACAAUAUAUGGAAACUUUAGAUAUCUAAAUAAUAUUUACCAAGUUAACAAUCCAAAUAUAAGUCAUAGUCAACAUUUAAUUUACUUGGAAUAGUAUCCAAAUAUUUAAACAUUUUUUUUUUGAACUGAGGCUUAAUAUUAGUCAAACAUUUCACCUACGCUGAUAUUUUUUCACUAUAAAUAACUCCUUUUUGUAGCCUCAUUUCUCUCAUUCCAAACAAUCAGGUUCAUUUGCAUUGUGUGCAAGCUUUCAGUUUUGUUUCUUCAUCUUCCCAAACUCUUCUCAAAGUUGCAAACCUUUAUCGAAGCAAUUUUUUUUUUUAAAGAAUCAACCUCGCCAAGAAUGAAGAUGAAGUUGGCUACCGUUCAAUUCUUCGUGAUCUCUCUUCUACUCUCAUCUUCUUUGUUUAUGCUUUCAAACGCAGAUUCAUCAUCAUGCAAUGGAAAAUGCAAUGCGAGAUGUUCAAAGGCCGGAAGACAAGAUCGGUGUCUCAAGUAUUGCAAUAUAUGUUGCGAGAAGUGUGAUGAUCAUUGUGUUCCUUCAGGCACUUAUGGACACAAAGAUGAGUGUCCUUGUUACCGCGAUAUGAAGAACUCCAAAGGCCAACCCAAAUGUCCAUGAACAUGUCUUGUAGAUCAUUCUCUCAUAGACAUCAUAUCUUUUUUAUACACAUAAAUAUUUACAAUUGUUGUUGACACAUGAAAUAAUGAGUUUGAUAUAUUCCUAUGUAUGAUGAUGUGAAAGCUCUUGAUAAUAAACGAAAUCAUUUUAAUUAACUAAA